AAAUCGUGAAUGCAGAUCUGGUCUAGUGUCUGUUUACUCGUGCAGCUAGGUCAUGGGUCGUGCUCGUGCACGGGGUGUGAGACAUAGAGUCAACAACGAGUGAUCCAGCGAACUGCGACUGCGAGUGCGAGUGCAAUGUGUCGUCGCUUCCAUCUCCUCGAAUGAACUCGGACAGCGGCUCGGCCAUGUCUCCUAAAAGGGGCGGACGCGCGGAUGGUGAGCGGCGCGAGAUUGCCCCUGCUUUGCCGCACGCUUCGCCGCACGCCGGGCUCGCGCACCUCCGCGCCGAGCUCGCGGCCCUCGGCCCGCACUCGCACACUCCGACCGCGCAGCCGACUGCGCCUGCGCCUGCGCCUGCGCCUGCACCCGCGGGGGGCGGACGGCGGUUCGCACUCGAAGAGUGGGCGGCUGCGCCGACGCACUGCGGCACCUACAUUGGCGCGGAAGGGCACGGGGCGGCGUACGAGGUCGCGCGCGCAGCCGCGGGCGGGUGUGCGCUCGCGCUCGUCGCUGUGGGCGGGAUGGUGAUCCUCGUCCUCGGCGUGUGUGUGGGCUUGCUCGGGGUGUGUGGGCUCGUAGUGCUGCGGCUGUUGCGGCGAUGAAGGGAUGGGAGAGAAUGAGGGCGAUCUACAAGUACAAGUAGGCAUGCUGCCGUCGCGCAUCGAGACCCAUAUUCCAGCAGGAGGCUGGAAUUCGCACGCACGCGUACCUGUAUCCCCGCGAGAUCGCGAGAUGAGGGCGACGACAGGUGCGACAGGCGACGACGCGACGACGCGACGACGCGACGACGAGCGCGACGAGCGCGGUGAGAAUGCCGGAUCCGUGGAUUGGCGAUGCUCCAGGCGUGUGGAUCACCUGCAUGCCCCUGCACCUGUCACACUACAUUACUUUGCUGUCACAUCGUCACGCUGCCAAGUGUGUCCAGCUCAAGUUUUGAGUCUGGAAGCUGGAAGCGUGCCCGCAGCCAAACCCCCGACGCGUAUGGUUUUCUUUCGCAAGCAAGGUUUGCCGUUCCGAGGCCCGAGGCCAUCAGGUCCCGGGUCGGGUGCAGGGGCUGGGG